ACACACACACAGAGCCAAACCCUCGAAAAAAACUCCGUUCCGUCUCCUCUGUUUCUUCUUUUGCUGCGGUGAAAUUGAUUAUCUUUCUGCGGAGAAAUGGCGAUGGCAGGACGUAUCAGAUCGACUCUUCCUCUCCUGAACAAGAUUUUGAGAUCUGAUUCAAUCUCCACUCAUGGAUCCAUCAUUCGACCAACCCUCCUUUCCCCACAGAUCUCCAAGAAUUAUGCUACUGCUCCCACAAAAAAAGAAGACAAAGUUAAGGUGCCUCUGGUUUUGUUUGGGGGAUCUGGAAACUAUGCCUCCGCAUUGUACCUUGCAGCAGUAAAGUCAAAUUCUCUGGACAAGGUUGAGUCUGAAAUACUUGACCUUGUUGAGUCUUUAAAGAAAAGUCCAACAUUUUCUCAGUUUGCAAAGGAUUUGUCAGUACCUGCUGAUACUAGGGUCAAGGCUGUUAAGGAGAUUUCUACCCAAGCUAAAUUUUCAGACGUUACCAAGAAUUUCCUGGGUAUGAUACUAAUUCAUAACUGAUUCAUGAAAACUGGAACAUGUUAUUGUUUCUGGCCAGGCCUACAGCUUACCUUUAAAUAACGCUCUUGCUGGCAUGACCAUGUCAUUUAACCAUUCUCAUUCAAAUAAAAAGGAAACCAAAUAAAAAUAAGAUAUGUUAAUACACUGAGUUGGUGCUUUCUUAAUACAGUCAUUUUCAAUGUGGAUUGUACUGUUAAGCAUUCUAAUUUCACUGCAAUCUUGUCUUGCAUUAGGUGUUAGGUUCUUAUUACUUUUAACUUUUAAGUGACACAGGGAAUAUGAGAUUGUACCGUUAACAUGCAGUCUUUGAGCCGUGAUGAUUGGUUAUAACUGCAGAUUUGCAUGGUUGUGCCCUAGCUUGCUAAAAAGUCUCGCAAUAAAUGUCUUUUCCACAGAUAUUGAGUAGUUGUAGGAAACUUUGGUUUCUUAAAAUUAACUAAGUCAUAUUGUCAGUGUUGCUGUGUCUGAUUUUCUUAUUUCUGUUUAUUUUGUUCUUGUUGAGUUGUUCGCUUUGCUGUUACUGUUACCCAAACAUGGUGUUACUUUGUAAUUGUUUGUUAUAUGCUUUCUCAAUGACAAAGCCAGCUGAUCCGGCAGCAAUCAACAACAACAACAACAAUAAGAAGAUGAAGCUGAGGAAGGGUUUAUGGUCACCGGAGGAAGAUGAGAAGCUGAUCAAGUACAUGUUAACCAACGGACAAGGCUGCUGGAGUGACAUUGCUAGGAAUGCUGGCCUGCAGAGGUGUGGAAAGAGUUGUCGCCUUCGUUGGAUUAACUACUUGAGACCUGAUC